AUGUUCCUUAAGCACACGAGGGUCUGGAUCCCGGACCCUCAUGAAGUGUGGCGCUCCGCAGAAUUAACCAAGGACUACAAGGAGGGAGACAGGAGCCUCCAGCUCAGGCUGGAAGAUGAAACGAUUCGGGAAUACCCCAUUGAUGUCCAAAGCAACCAGCUGCCCUUUUUGCGGAAUCCAGAUAUCUUGGUGGGAGAAAAUGACCUAACUGCCCUUAGCUAUCUACACGAGCCUGCAGUUUUGCAUAAUUUAAAGGUCCGUUUCCUGGAGUCGAACCAUAUCUACACUUACUGUGGUAUCGUGCUUGUUGCCAUUAAUCCUUAUGAACAGUUGCCAAUCUAUGGUCAAGAUGUCAUCUAUGCCUACAGCGGCCAAAACAUGGGGGACAUGGACCCCCACAUCUUUGCUGUGGCAGAAGAAGCCUACAAGCAGAUGGCCAGAGAUGAGAAGAACCAGUCCAUCAUAGUCAGCGGGGAGUCUGGAGCUGGCAAGACCGUGUCAGCCAAGUACGCCAUGCGCUAUUUUGCCACGGUUGGUGGCUCAGCCAGUGACACCAACAUUGAAGAGAAGGUGCUGGCAUCCAGUCCCAUCAUGGAGGCCAUUGGAAAUGCUAAAACCACUCGCAAUGACAACAGCAGCCGUUUUGGGAAGUAUAUUCAGAUUGGCUUUGAUAAACGGCGCCGCAUCACUGGCGCCGACACGAGGACCUACCUGUUGGAGAAGUCCAGAGUGGUCUUUCAGGCAGAUGACGAGCGGAAUUACCACGUCUUUUACCAGCUCUGUGCAGCUGCCAGUCUUCCAGAAUUCAAAGAGCUUGCCCUAACGUGUGCGGAGGACUUCUUCUAUACCUCACAGGGAGGAGACACGUGUAUCGAGGGUGUAAACGAUGCUGAGGACUUCGAGAAGACGCGGCAAGCCUUCACACUCCUCGGAGUGAGAGAGUCCCAUCAGAUAAGCAUUUUUAAGAUAAUUGCUUCCAUCCUGCACCUUGGAAAUGUGGAGAUCCAGGCUGAGCGUGAUGGCGAUUGCUGUAGUGUAUCACCCCAGGACGAACACUUGAACAGCUUCUGCCGACUGCUAGGGGUGGAGCACAGUCAGAUGGAGCACUGGCUAUGCCAUCGAAAGCUGGUCACCACCUCAGAGACCUACGUCAAGACUAUGUCCCUGCAGCAGGUGGUCAAUGCCCGCAACGCCCUGGCCAAGCACAUCUACGCCCAGCUGUUCGGCUGGAUUGUGGAACACAUCAACAAGGCCCUGCACACACCUCUCAAGCAGCACUCCUUCAUCGGCGUCCUGGACAUUUACGGCUUUGAGACAUUUGAGGUCAACAGCUUUGAGCAGUUCUGUAUCAACUAUGCGAAUGAGAAGCUACAGCAGCAGUUCAACUCGCACGUAUUUAAACUAGAACAAGAAGAAUAUAUGAAGGAGCAGAUCCCUUGGACCUUGAUUGAUUUUUACGAUAACCAGCCCUGUAUUGACCUCAUAGAAGCUAAGCUGGGCAUCUUGGACCUGCUGGAUGAAGAGUGUAAGGUCCCUAAAGGAACUGACCAGAACUGGGCUCAGAAGCUCUACGACCGGCACUCUGGCAGCCAGCACUUCCAGAAACCCCGCAUGUCCAACACGGCCUUCAUUGUGGUCCACUUUGCUGACAAGGUGGAGUACCUUUCAGAUGGUUUUCUGGAGAAAAACAGAGACACGGUGUAUGAAGAGCAGAUCAACAUCCUGAAGGCCAGCAAGUUCCCACUAGUGGCUGACCUGUUUCAUGACGACAAGGACUCUGGUCCUGCCACCGCUGCAUCUGGGAAGGGCUCAUCCUCAAAGAUCAACAUUCGCUCCGCCAGACCCCCCUUGAAAGUCUCCAACAAGGAGCACAAGAAAACUGUGGGCCACCAGUUCCGCACGUCCCUGCAUCUGCUCAUGGAGACUCUGAAUGCCACGACCCCUCACUAUGUGCGCUGCAUCAAGCCAAAUGACGAGAAGCUCCCCUUCCACUUUGACCCAAAGAGAGCAGUGCAGCAGCUCAGAGCGUGUGGGGUGUUGGAGACGAUACGAAUCAGUGCAGCCGGCUACCCAUCCAGGUGGGCCUACCAUGACUUCUUCAACCGGUAUCGGGUUCUGGUCAAGAAGAGAGAGCUCGCCAAUACGGACAAAAAGGCCAUCUGCAGGUCUGUCCUGGAAAGCCUCAUCGAGGAUCCCGACAAGUUCCAGUUUGGCCGCACCAAGAUCUUCUUUCGGGCGGGCCAGGUGGCUUACCUGGAGAAGCUUCGGGCUGACAAGUUCCGGGCAGCCACGAUCAUGAUCCAGAAAACUGUCCGGGGCUGGCUGCAGAAGGUGAAAUACCGCAGGCUGAAGGCGACUGCCUUAACUCUGCAGAGGUACUGCCGAGGACUCCUGGCCCGCAGGCUGGCCGAGCAUCUGCGGAGGACGCGAGCCGCCAUAGUGCUCCAGAAGCAGUACCGCAUGCGGAGGGCCCGCCUGGCCUACCAGCGGGUCCGCAGGGCCACCGUCACCAUCCAGGCCUUCACUCGGGGCAUGUUCAUGCGAAGAAUCUACCAGCAGGUCCUCAUGGAGCACAAGGCCACUCUCCUCCAGAAGCACGUGCGGGGCUGGAUGGCACGUAGGCGCUUUCAGCGGCUGCGGCACGCGGCCAUCGUCAUCCAGUGUGGCUUCCGCAUGCUUAAGGCCAAGCAGGAGCUGAAGGCCCUCAAGAUUGAGGCCCGCUCAGCAGAGCACCUGAAACGUCUCAACAUGGGCAUGGAGAACAAGGUGGUCCAGCUGCAGCGGAAAAUUGACGACCAGAACAAAGAGUUCAAGACUCUGUCGGAGCAGUUGUCGGCGGUCACCUCCACACACACCAUGGAGGUAGAGAAGUUGAAGAAGGAGCUGGCCCGCUACCAGCAGAGCCAAGGCGGGGACAGCAGCCUGAGGCUUCAGGAGGAGUUGGAGGGGCUGCGGGUGGAGCUGCAGAGGGCCCACUCAGAGCGUAAGAUACUGGAGGAUGCCCACACCAAGGAGAAGGACGAGCUGAGAAAGCGUGUUGCAGAUCUGGAGGAAGAAAAUGCUCUCUUAAAGGAUGAGAAAGAACAGCUUAACAACCAAAUCCUGUGCCAAGCGAAAGAUGAAUUUGCCCAAAACUCUGCCAAGGAAAAUCUGAUGAAGCGGGAGCUGGAGGAGGAGCGCUCCCGGUACCAGAACCUCGUGAAGGAGUAUUCACGGUUGGAGCAGAGAUAUGACAACCUUCAGGAUGAGAUGACCAUCAUCAAGCAAACCCCAGGCCACAGGCGGAACCCAUCAAACCAGAGUAGUUUAGAAUCUGACUCCAAUUACCCCUCUAUCUCCACAUCUGAGGUCGGAGACACAGAGGAUGCCCUCCAACAGGUGGAGGACAUCGGCCUGGAAAAGGCGGCCAUGGACAUGACCGUCUUCCUGAAGCUGCAGAAGAGAGUGCGGGAGCUGGAGCAGGAGAGGAAGAAACUGCAGGUGCAGCUGGAGAAGAGAGAGCAGCAGGACAGCCGGAAGGUCCAGGUGGAACAAGCAAAGAAUGACCUAGAUUUGGACCAGGAUGCAGAUCUAGCCUAUAAUAGUCUGAAGAGGCAAGAGCUAGAGUCGGAGAACAAGAAGCUGAAGAACGACCUGAACGAACUGAGGAAAGCCGUGGCUGACCAAGCCGCACAGAACAACUCCACCCACGACUCCCCCGACAGCUACAGCCUGCUGCUGAACCAGCUCAAGCUGGCCAACGAGGAGCUCGAGGUCCGCAAGGAGGAGGUGCUCAUCCUGAGGACCCAGAUUGUCAGCGCCGACCAUCGCCGACUUGCUGGCAAGAGCACGGAGCCGAACAUUAAUUCCAGAACAAGCUGGCCUAACAGUGAGAAGCAUGUAGAUCAGGAAGACGCCAUUGAGGCCUAUCACGGAGUCUGCCAGACAAACAGGUUGCUGGAGGCCCAGCUGCAGGCCCAGAGCCGGGAGCACGAGGAGGAGGUGGAGGGGCUCCGGGCGCAGGUGGAAGGCCUGCAGGAGGAGCUGGACAGACAGCAGCAGACCUUCUGUCAGACGCUGCUGCUCUCCCCGGAGGCCCAGGUGGAGUUCGGCGUCCGGCAGGAGCUCUCCCGGCUCACCAAUGAGAACCUGGACCUUAAGGAACUGGUAGAAAAGCUGGAAAAGAAUGAGAGGAAGCUCAAAAAACAACUGAAGAUUUACAUGAAGAAAGUCCAGGACCUAGAAGCUGCCCAGGCGCUGGCCCAGAGUGAGAGGAGACGCCAUGAGCUCAACAGGCAGGUCACCGUCCAGCGGAAGGAGAAGGACUUCCAGGGCAUGCUGGAGUACCAUAAGGAAGACGAGGCCCUUCUCAUUCGGAACCUGGUGACAGACCUGAAGCCGCAGACCCUGGCGGGCACAGUGCCCUGUCUCCCUGCUUACAUCCUCUACAUGUGCAUCAGGCAUGCCGAUUACAUCAACGACGACCUCAAGGUGCACUCCUUGCUGACCUCCACCAUCAAUGGCAUUAAGAAAGUCCUGAAGAAGCACAAUGAUGACUUUGAGAUGACAUCAUUCUGGUUAUCCAACACUUGCCGCCUCCUUCACUGUUUGAAGCAGUAUAGUGGAGAUGAGGGCUUCAUGACCCAGAACACUGCCAAGCAGAACGAGCACUGUCUUAAGAACUUUGACCUCACUGAAUACCGCCAGGUGCUGAGUGACCUUUCCAUUCAAAUCUACCAGCAACUCAUUAAAAUCGCAGAGGGGGUCUUGCAGCCCAUGAUAGUUUCUGCCAUGUUGGAAAAUGAGAGCAUUCAGGGUCUCUCUGGUGUGAAGCCAACGGGCUACCGCAAGCGCUCCUCCAGCAUGGUGGACGGGGACAACUCCUACUGCCUAGAAGCCAUCCUCCGCCAGAUGAACUCCUUUCACACGGUCAUGUGCGACCAGGGCCUGGACCCUGAGAUCAUCCUGCAGGUGUUCAAGCAGCUCUUCUACAUGAUCAAUGCCGUGACCCUCAACAACCUGCUUCUGCGCAAGGAUGUCUGCUCUUGGAGCACAGGCAUGCAGCUCAGGUACAAUAUAAGUCAACUUGAAGAGUGGCUUCGGGGAAGAAACCUGCACCAGAGCGGAGCGGUCCAGACCAUGGAACCUCUGAUCCAAGCAGCCCAGCUCCUGCAGUUGAAGAAGAAAACCCCUGAGGACGCAGAGGCCAUCUGCUCCCUGUGCACCUCCCUCAGCACCCAGCAGAUUGUCAAAAUUUUAAACCUUUAUACUCCCCUGAAUGAAUUUGAAGAACGGGUAACCGUGGGCUUUAUACGAACGAUCCAGGCACAACUACAGGAGCGGAAUGACCCUCAGCAACUGCUGUUAGACUUCAAGCACAUGUUUCCAGUCUUGUUUCCAUUUAACCCGUCCUCUCUGACCAUGGACUCCAUCCACAUCCCAGCGGGUCUCAGUCUGCAGUUCCUCCGUGAGGUCUGACAAGGCACCGUCCCACCUUUGGCUCCAUUUCCAGUGACAGCAAGAAGGAAAUUUAAACUGUGAAGUGAAUUUAAGGAUCUAUUUAAAUCUUUAAAAGAGGAUCAAAUUGGAGACCGAGAGCCCGUGUGGAGUGCUGAACUAUAUGGAAUGAGACACAUGUGUCAUUAUUUUUUGUACCUACUACUCAGAAUAAAACACUUGAAAUAUGGA